AUGAAGUUAUUGAUAACAACAGGAGCAACAGUGACGUUCAAGAAAUUGAUCUCGUUCACUAUCACGGAGUUCAUCCAACCUUGUAUCGAUCUUGGAUUUGAUGAGGUAUACAUUCAGUAUGGAAAUGAAAUAGAUAAUGGCCAACAUUUAUCUAAAGAAUUCAUCAACCAAUGUUUGGAAGGAGUGAUAAAUUAUCAAUUAACAUCCUUAGAAGGAGAAUUCCUUUUAGAACGUGGAGGUAAAUCAAUCAAAUUGAUAUUUUUUCCCUUCUCCAAUAAUUUACUGAAAUAUAUCCAGGCUUCAGAUAUUAUAAUAUCUCAUGGAGGUACUGGAACAAUUAUAGACAUUUUGAAGUAUUCCAAACCUUUGCUUGUAGUUUAUAAUGAAGAAUUGAUGGGUAAUCAUCAGAAAGAGAUUGCAGAAGAGUUUACAAACCUCAAUUACUGUAUUAACGUAUCUUCAGAGAACUUAGACGAAGAACAGAUCACUCUGAAGGUGAAGAAGUUGAUAACAAAUGAAGUCAAAUUGAGUGAAUAUGAAUCGAAUUCGGGGAAAGUGAUACAGGGUAUUAUCUAUCAUGAAAUAAAUAGGGUCAAAUCAUAG